ACUGCAUUGGCUUUUUCCGGCGCACGUCGCAUGGGGCGCCGGCGCAUCUGUCCUACCAUCCAACCCAGAGAAGAACCGCCCAUAUCUGAACUAGGCCUCGAUUCAAUUUUAUCCACGUCUCCGCUGUGGGAAUUCCAGGCCCUCGUCCUGAAAAGAUCGUGUCCAAUUAAGGCUUUACUAUUAGACCAAUCCUUCAAUGCAGGCCCAUCGGGAAACUACAUUGGCUAG